GACAUCAGAACAGGCAGGUCUGUUGUUUCAAGUUCAGUGUGCCUGCAGUGGUGAUUAAUUUUGCAAAGUUUGAAGAACUUCACCCCAGCCAUAGCUUCCUCUGCAGGCGAGCUCGUCCUGUCCGCUGCAAAAAAGCUGAAGAACUGAGUUAUUGUGUACCAUGCGUGACAACCAUGCACUCCAGCUUUUACUCUCUUCUCUUCUGGUGAGCAUCGGAUUCAGUAUAAUUUCAGCAGCGGAUUCCGGAGACGAGACGGACUUGGUUGUCCCUUUUGCGUUGAGCCCAGACGAGAUCCACCUGCUGCGGGAAGGAGCCGGACGGAGCAGGCGGCACAGAUACCGGGGACACCGCUCUCUGCCAGACGCCGACAGCCAAGACUCGAAAUUCGGGGAACAUGAGGAAAACUUGUUUCUCCGAUUGCCGGCGUUUGGGAGAGAGCUGUAUCUGUAUCUUAAAAGAGAUGCAGGAUUCCUCUCAGAGGGCUUUAAGAUCGAGGAUAACGAAGAUAAAAAAAAUACGAGGCUGGCGCAUAUCCCUCAAAAUCAGCUGUGUUUCUACACCGGACGAGUCCUGAAUUACAGCAACUCUUUUGCAUCACUCAGCACUUGCAGCGGCCUGACUGGUCUUAUCCAAAUUGGAGAGGAGAGGAUGCUUAUUGAACCAGUGAAUGGCACCCAAAACUCUUUCAUUGGCAUGGAGCACAAUGUAAUUAGACAAAAACGAUCUUUACGUUCAAGCUCCUGGAGCUCUAAAACACACCCUGAAUACUGCACAACUAUUCCAGGAAAGAAGAAAUUAAAGCAGACCAAACCAACAGAGGAUGGGAGGAGCAAGAGAAAUGCUAUCCGGCUGCACAGUGAAUAUGUAGUGGAAACGGUGGUUGUCGCCGACUCUGACAUGGUGCAGUAUCACGGAGCUGAGGCUGCGCAGAGGUUCAUCCUCACCGUCAUGAACAUGGUCUACAAUAUGUUUCAUCAUAAGAGCCUGGGGAUCAGACUCAACAUCCGUGUCACGAAGCUGGUCCUGCUCCACAGCCGCCCAGAGAAGCUGAAGAUUGGACACCAUGGAGAGAGGUCUUUGGAGAGCUUUUGUCACUGGCAGCAGGAAGAGUAUGGGGGCGCUCGUUACCUUGGAAACAAUCAAGUACCUGGAGGGAAGGAUGAUAUUCCCCCUGUGGACGUGGCCGUGUUCGUUACAAGGACUGAUUUCUGUGUCCACAAAGAUGAACCUUGUGACACUGUUGGAAUUGCCUAUCUGGGAGGAACCUGCAGCCCCAAGAGGAAAUGUGUGCUGGCUGAAGACAAUGGACUUAACUUGGCAUUCACUAUUGCCCAUGAGCUUGGUCACAACAUGGGCAUGAGCCACGAUGAUGACCACCCCACCUGUGCAGGGCACUCCCACAUCAUGUCAGGGGAAUGGAUCAAGGGCAGGAACCCCAGUGAUCUCUCCUGGUCGUCCUGCAGUCGAGACGACCUGGAAAAAUUCCUUAGGUCAAAGGCCAGUGCCUGCCUGCUGGAGACAGAUCUUCGAAGCCGUUCUGUGGUGAGGCUUCCUCCCAAACUGCCAGGCAUGCACUACAGUGCGGACGAGCAGUGCCAGAUUUUAUUUGGCACCAAUGCGACAUUCUGCAAUAAUAUGGAGCACCUAAUGUGCGCUGGCCUGUGGUGUCUUGUGGAAGGAGAUACGUCCUGCAAAACCAAGCUAGACCCACCUCUAGAUGGAACUGAAUGUGGACCUGACAAGUGGUGCAGGGCUGGAGACUGCGUCAGCAAGACCCCCAUCCCUCAGCACAUAGAUGGAGACUGGAGCGCCUGGAGCCAGUGGAGCAUGUGCAGCCGGACAUGUGGGACAGGCGCCAGGUUCAGGCAGAGGAAGUGCGAUAAUCCACCCCCUGGGCCUGGAGGGAAGAACUGCCCGAAGGCCAGUGUGGAGCACAAAGCCUGUGAGGCCCCCCCCUGCACAAAGGGCACUCCCAGCUUCAGGGACCAGCAGUGCCAAUCACAUGACAGGCAGGCCAGCAAAAAGAAGGCUAGGAUGUGGACUGCUGUCAUUAAUGAUGAAAAGCCCUGUGUCUUGUUCUGCAGUCCAGUGGGACGAGACUCACCUGUGAUGGUAGCAGAAAGAGUCCUAGAUGGCACUCCAUGUGGACCUUAUGAGACAGAUUUGUGUGUCAAUGGAAAAUGUCAGAAAAUUGGCUGUGAUGGAAUCAUUGGAUCCUCAGCCAAAGAGGACCGCUGCGGUGUGUGUAAUGGGGAUGGCAAAUCCUGCAAGAUAGUUAAGGGAGAUUUCAACCACACCAAGGGAAUGGGUUACAUUGAGGCAGCUGUGAUCCCUGUUGGUGCUCGGAGAAUCAAAGUAGUAGAGGACAAGCCAUCACACAGCUUUCUCGCUUUAAAAGACUCUGGCAAGAGAUCAAUCAACAGCGACUGGAAGAUUGAACUUCCUGGGGAGUUCCAGCUAGCUGGCACUACUGUCCGCUACGUGAGGAGGGGACUCUGGGAAAAAAUGUCUGCCAAGGGACCCACUAAAACACCCCUUCACCUAAUGGUCCUGCUGUUUCAUGACCAGACCUGUGGAAUCCAUUAUGAGUAUACUAUCUCACUGAACCAGUCAGUGGAGAACAGGAGUGAACCAGAGAGGGAGCCAGAGCCCCUGUACAUCUGGACUCACAGCAGCUGGGAGGACUGCAGCGUCCAGUGUGGAGGAGGGGAAAGACGAACUGUUGUAUCGUGCAUGAAGAUUCUUAACAAAACCAUGGCUGUGACAAAUGACAGCCAUUGCUGGGUGGAGAAUCGUCCAGCCCCUCAGGUCAGGCGCUGCAAUGUCCACCCCUGCCAGUCAAGGUGGGUAGCAGGCGAAUGGGGCUCCUGUUCUGUCACCUGUGGAAAAGGGCUCCAGCUGCGGGACGUGUAUUGUGUGUACCAGCUGCAGAACGGCUCCUACAUUAACACCCGAGACCUCUACUGCCUGGGGCCCAAGCCCGCCAUGGUGCAGGGCUGUGAGGGUCGGGACUGCCUCACAGUCUGGGAAGCCUCCGAGUGGUCCAAGUGCUCUACAGACUGCGGCAAAGGCACCCACAGGCGCACCGUUUCCUGCAGCAACCCCCAGGGAAGAUGUGACCCAACCACCCGGCCUCCUGAGGUGGAGGAGUGCGAGGAUCACUCUAAGUGUUAUGAGUGGAAGACUGGAGAGUGGUCAAAGUGUUCAUCUUCUUGUGGAAAAGGUCUGCAGUCAAGGGUUGUUCAGUGCAUGCACAAAGUGACUGGGCGCCAUGGCAACAAUUGCCCAGUUGUGCUGAAGCCUCCAGCUUACAGACAGUGUCACCAGGGGGUGUGCAACGAGAGAGUGAAUGCGAACACCAUCACAUCCCCAAGGCUUGCUGCUCUCACUUACAAGUGUACAGCAGACCAGUGGAAAGUCUACUGCCAGGUGAUCAGAGAGAAGAACUUGUGCUCAGACAUGAGGUGGUACCAGCGCUGCUGUGAGACCUGCAGAGACUUUUAUGCCAGUAGAAUUUAUCAGAGGAAGUAAUUGCAUCAUCAUUUGUGUCGUAUCAUGCUUUUUCAUUUUUAAACAUUGUUAUGAAGUUUAGGGAUGUGGAUUUAAAAAAAAACAGCUGAAAUGCAAGAUAUGACAGUGCACAUUGAUUCUAAAACUUACUUUUUAGUAUGACUUGAAUUUUUUAUGCUGUUACACCAAAAUAGUAACUUAUUGCCUUAAAAACAUUAUUUCCAGGAACCUGUUGUCAGGAGGUCUGUUGUACAGCAUGUUUGACAACCCUUUGUUCAUGAAGGCUUUCAGUCAACCACAUUUUUCACAAGCCACUGGCUGGCCAGUACUCUUAGAUGGGCAAAUGUGACACGGUUUCAUUUCAAUUCCAUGGUCAAGUAUUAUUAUUCUUCUUAUUAUUGUUAUUAUUAUUAUUAUUAUUAUUAUUACCAAAGCAAUUAAAGCACAAAGGUUUAAAAUUUUCUGUAAAGAGAGACACAAUUUAAGAACCAACUGUCAUGGACAGAAUAAAUAUGUACAGUAUGGGAUAAAUUACUAGACAGAAAGGCACAACACAUUAUUCACUGUAAUCAGACAUAAUCCUGUAUGGAGAUGGUUAGUCAAUAAUGCAGUGCGUUCUUAAGUCCACAAGGUCCCCUUUCUGUUUCAAUUAAUUCUUGUCAUUAUGGUCCAUCUGUAUGGCCUUGUUCCAUAUCACAGUUUCAGUGUCCAGAGGCUCUCUAGACACUGGGACUGUGCUAUAACCAACCAAUUGUAUUGACGUUAAAUGUGAUUUUCUCCUUGUCAGCGUUCAGUGGGUUUAUUCAGAGUACAUGAUUUUACCACUAAGUGGGGGUAAAACUGAUAAAACGGUCACAUUCCAGUCCGCACAGGAAUAACGUUGCAGCUUGAAAAGCAUGUAGUCAAGCCAAAAUGCCAACCACAGAGUACGCCAUUAGUGACCGAAAAAUCUCACUUCAGCAAGUACACAUGGGUGGAUAAGUAUCUGUGGAUGAAAGGGUGAGAUUUAAUUAAUUUUGGCACAAAUUUGAUUGGAAGAAUUUACAAAUAAUGGAUUACUGCUCGACACCAAGAGAUGUCAUGGAGGCCACACUAGCAUAUUUGAGUUUAUUUUUGACAUUUUUAAACUGCAAAAUAGGGCCUGGUGCCACAGAGUCAUGCCAGCAAGGCUUGAAUGUAAUGUCUGAGGCAGGGCAGCAUCAUGUCAUCUCUAUGCCAAAAGACCAGGCUAGAGUCCCUGUGGAUUUUCAAAUUAAUCAUUUACAGUAUUUUUCUGUGCCUGUGUCUGUUUUUUAUAGAAUUUACGUCAGAAAUCUGUGAGAUUUUCUGGAGGGCAAUUCAACCCAUUUAGAAGUAUAGAUACUUUAUGUAUGCCAAGUUUAAUCUUACCUCUUAAACUGACAAACCUACAGUAGACCCUGCUGCACAUUGCAGUUAGCUAAAUUUAAAGUGAGGGCCUCCUGCAUAAAUGGUGCCUAACCUGAACAACUACACUAUGUGUGCUUUAGUAUGGUGUACUAGAACAGGGAUAGUCAACUCCAGUCCUCCAGUGCAAAGUUCCUGUAGUUUUUAAAAGAUCCUUUCACUUCAUUCCUGACUUUUUCACCAUGUAGUUAAAUUAACUCAAGGUAAUUUAAGUUAAAUGAAGUACAGAAACAAAUGCGGCAUUCCAGAGUGGAGUUAUUUACCCCUGCUCUAGGUUCAGAAAACUGAUACAGUUAUUGAUCAUUACUAAUAACAUAUAUUUCUGCUGAUGUGCUUCAAUGAAGCAGUGCAGGGCUAUGUAAACACACAACAAAUUUAAAAAACAAGAUCAAGCACACAGACUCCUUUACUUUGUAUUAGUCCUAUGGUUAGACUUCAUCCUGACAAACAUACAGUAGCAUAUUGUUAUGACUAUUGAUGGGCUCAUAUGUAUGAAGAAUUUUCCCAUCACCUCUUGAGCUCUACAAUCAACCCACGUUUUCCUCUACCUGAAGACCUAUUCUGUUGGUUACACUUGUAUCUGGCUGUGACAAGGCCAGGUUUAAGCCUUGGCUUCUCUGGUUGCUACACUUACAAAGACUAUGACAAAAAUAGCUAUUUUGGAAAUGUUCUUUUGUUAUUAUUGUUAUAAAUUACAGUUUGUCCAUUAAUAAUCUACAGGGGCUCAAUCCGCUACUAAUCCUGUUAACAUGUUACAAUGUGAGACAUUCUAAAAAGAACAAUUGUAUACUUAUUAGUGAUGGCAUGCUUGCUUUCACACGUUGUACUGUUUGUCCAUAGUAAUUAAUAUCCUUCCAGCAUCAACAGUGAAGGGCACACAUUGGGGACAUGUAUUUGCAGUAUUAAAAAGUCAAAAUUAUUGAAACCAUUUUAUAUUUUGUAUUAUAUUUAUUUUUUUCAUGUAUACAUUUUGCUUUUAUUUUCUAUCAAAGCUGCAAAAUAAUUCAAGAGGCUUACUUUAAAGAGAUUUUACAUAAUUGUCUUGAGUAAGCGAAAUACAGUGUGAAAUUAUUUCACUGACACUUGGCCAGUUUUUGCCCAAAAUUGUAUACUACAUGUGUGCACUAUUAAGUACAAUAUAUUAGAAUACAUUUUAAUUGUAAAUGUUAAGUCUUAUGUUUUGUCUGUCAAAAAGAAAAUUCUAAAAUUCGAAAUUCUAAAAAAUCAACAAUUCUUUUCCUGUGGCUAAAAAUUAAGAACCAGUCGUUUAACCAGAGUUUAUGGUUAAAGCCUAACUAAAUGAAUAAGCUCUACUGUACACUAAGUUUUUCUCAAGUCAAGACACCUAAAGGAUCAAACAAAGAUAAUGACUGGUAAUAUUUACAUUUAAACCUAUAAAAUGUUUUAAAGAAACUGUUAGACACUUUUUCCACACUAACUUUCUGGAAUAAGUGAUUAUUUAGUGUCUCCAAGGAUUAUACUUUAAUAUCUUUGGCGCAGACCCUGUUUUGGAAUCUAAUCUGUUUUAUGUGUCUGAGUGGCACAGUACAGAGGGCAUGGUGCUGACAGACAGGAGAGGUGAACCAUUAGUCACUGAGGAUUCUUCAGCAGCUCAGGAAUUAGGUAGUGACUGGGGCAGUUGAAAAAUGGGAGACUUACAAAUAGGUUAAAAAUGACAACAUUCGGAAAUGUGAAUUUCAACAGUUUUAAGUUGCUUUUUGAGUAGAAUUCUUUCUUUUAAUGAUUUGUUUCUUGUAUUGAGGACAAGAAAUUCCACAUCUGGAAGUUCAAAGCUGUAUGUACUGUCUCCCAUCACCUAGAGAUAGCAGUAAUCUACUUCUAGUAAAGACUUUUCACUACUGUGGAAUACAUCUAUGUUUGUAUUAUGAAUAAUAUUGUUAUAUUAUUUAAUGCUAAAAUGUAGCUUCCUUCUCUACAAAUAAUUGUGGUGCUAUUGGCUUUAUUGUACUGAUAUUGAUAUUGUCAGUAUUCUUUAAUAUUCCCGUACUGUAAGACAUUAGUUGCACAGUUUGUUUGGUACAAAGACUGCCGCUAUAUAUUUUAUGGUGCUGUUUUGGUUUAAAAAUAAUAAAUUGCAUUAUUAUUGUAUUAAUUAUAUCUACAAAAGAUUUUGUAACAUAUGGAUAUAACCUUAAUGUCUUUUGUAUUGUUCUCUUUUUAUAAUGUAAAAUGUCCUUGUUUGUAAUUUACGUACAUAUGUGUACUACUUGUAAAGUACAAUACUUAAAUUGUGUAGGCUACACAAAAAACAAACUGGAGAAUAUAAGAAUAAAAGUUUGUUUUUAGAGAAAGAUUAAUAGAUGUAUUUAAUAGGACGUUUGAGGUGGAUGGAUAGAUAUGGUAAUUAAAUUUAUAUAGAAUGCUGGUCAUAAAGUACAUGCAAAAUGUUAAAUCAGCUUUGUAUUGCAUUGUAAUGUGUUUAAAUGAAUGCAUAUUUAGCCUGUAAUUAUUUCAGUGUGUUCUUAGCACUUGUUGUACUUUCUAUAAGAACGUAAGCAAGGUGGCAAAGUAUGAGAUACCAUCUUGCUCAUUUGGUUGCUGGUAGGAAAAAAAGAAAUUAACUAGCAAAAAGAAUUAAGCCAGAGUUCCUGUUUAAGUGUGACAUCUGACAAGGAAAAGGAAUGACUGCUAUUUAAAAUUGCAACCUUUAAGCAUUUAAAAUUAAUGAUGGCCAAUUAAAAUGGCCAAAGGUGUUUUCUGAUUUAAACUCCGUCUAUCUCAAGAAACAAAAUCUGUUCUUUUUUACAGUUACUGUGCAUUUAUGAGCAAACGUUUUUAAAAAUAAGAGUGAUACACUGCUGUGAAAUGUCUUGCACAUUCUGCAUUGUUGAUCUCUUUUCAGUCAAUACUUUUCCGUUGUUAUGUAAACAGUUUUAUAGUGAUCCUCUGCUUAGAGCUUUAUCUCUUUUCAGAUAAUACAGUAGUUAUUCCUUAUACAGCUGUAUUUUGUAGCAAUAAAGAAUCCUUUUUUGCUUUACGGGUGUGUAGAGAACAAAUAAUAUUAAUGACAAAGACCAAUGAGUCUAUUUGAAUUUAGAUUGGCAAAGGCUAUAAUGCUUCCUUUUGGGCUGUUAAUUAAAGAAUUACUAAGAAUUAAAAAAAAAGAUUUAUAUAAACUUAAAUUGAACAUUGCUAUAUGUUGAACUUAAUAUCUUUCUGACUAAAUUAUCUGUAAUAAUAUUCAUAGUUGUUCUUUCAGUAUAAAAUAUACUUUUAUAAACUAAUAGUGGUUUUGAAUAAAUUUUUCAUUUGCUCAUUGUGUUAUUCUAAUGUUUUUGUAACUCCUGCUUGUAUUUAAGAUAUCUAGAACUUUUCCACAGCAGUGCUUGUACAUGGUGGCUUUUCAAAAGAUGCACAAAUCACAAAUUAAAACUCUGGUGUUGUACAUUUUUAAUCCUGCCUGGAGAAAGAAAUCAAUCAAACUACACAAUGGCUUGGGUUGUCUACAAAUUCU